AAACUAUUAUGCCCAGUUGAAAUAGCGCAUUCUAAUCCAAACAAUCUAGAAUAUCGAUUAUAAUUCGUUUUGUUUGUAUUGUAAAUGUUGUUUAUAUUGUACUUUCACAAUACGUAACGACAUAUUUGAUAAAAACAAAAUAUUGCAAUAAUGGCAACCGCAGAAGUUUUAGACCUUUCAAAGUCAUUUGAAACCGAUCUUUCCAACACCGAGGGCAACAUGUUAAAUAAAACGUUAAAAUUUAAAACGGAUUUAAGAAUGUCCACUCCAAAACCUGUUCUACAUAUCGGAGCAUCCGCUGAGUUUCAGAGACAGCCAUCCGCUAUGCCAAAAACCCCAUACAAACCGGGAACGGGCUACAGCCGGGCCGGUACAGGAUUUAAACCCACGACGAACUUCAAAAAACCAGGAUCCGGAAAACCCCGUACGGGUUUUAGGCCUCAAACCGAUACGGAUCCUGUGAAUCGGCCGAUGACUGCCGUGAGAGGUGUGGGGUACACUUCUGGAGGCAACAAGCCGUUCGAUCCACUCAAUCAAGGAUCAGUGGUGCAAACUCCACCGUUGGAAUUACAAAAAGACGAUUCCCCAGAAGAAAAAAUGCGACAACAAGAAAACAAGAUAAUGCAGCUGGUGGAGGAGUCGUGUUUGGCUCAAGGUGAGGGAGAUCUUAAGAAAGCCUUAAGUAAAGCCAAGGAAGCGUCUUAUAAGGAGCGCAGCUUAAUUCGGAUGCAAGAACAAAACGGUUUGGGAGAUAACCACAACAUCGAUCUUACUUAUGCCGUACUGUUCAAUCUUGGCAACCAGUAUGCAGCAAACGACUUAUAUACGGAGGCCCUGAACACUUACCAAAUGAUUACCAAAAACCGAAUGUUUGCCAGCGCUUAUCGACUUAAAGUUAAUAUGGGCAACAUUUACUUUAAGCAGGGCCAGUAUCAGAUGGCCGUCAAAUUGUACCGGAUGGCACUCGAUCAAGUACCAUCAAGUCAAAAAAAUUUAAGGAUAAAGAUAAUGCACAAUAUAGCGUUAGUCUUCGUGAAAAUGGGACAGUGGGAGGAGGCGGUGAACAGUUUGGAAUUUAUUAUGACCGAACAAGCAUGUCAUAGGGCUGGCCUGCAUUUGGUCGCCUGUUGUCGAGCUCUUGAAGACCGAGACAGAAUGAGAACAGCUUUUUCACUUUUGCUCUCGGUACCUUUGGAUAUAGCAGACGAAGAUAAAUAUAAUAUAGAACAGGAUAAUCCAGAAGAUACUCUUCUAGCCUUAGCCAUACGAGAUGAUGACCUGCACAAAUACGAAACCAUAAAACGUAAAGAUGCAGAAUAUUGCAUUCUUACCGCGGCAAAACUGAUCGCGCCAUUUAUUGAAGAUUCUUCAAAUGAUGGGUACGACUGGUGUGUGGCAUCCAUAAAAAAUUCUGAAUACGCCCAGUUAGCAUCAGAUUUAGAAAUUAAUAAAGCUGUGAUGUUUCUUAAGCAAAACCAGUUAAACGAUGCCAUCGAGACGUUGAAGGCGUUUGAAAAAGAUUCUGAUAUUGUCUUGAAUGCCGCCACAAAUUUAAGUUUUAUAUACUAUUUGCAAGGAGAUUAUGAAACUGCCUUAAAAUACAGCGAAACCGUAGAACGCUCCAAAACCCCUAACGCUAACGCAUUCGUAAACUACGGGGCUUGUCUAAUGGCUAAAGGUGACCUCGAUAGAGCUGUAGAGUGUUUCCAAAAAGCCCUGGAACUCGAAAGUAACCACUUCGAAGCCAUUUUUAACUUGGGUCUAUGUAUGAAACGUCAAGGUCACUACAUAGAAGCCUUGUCAUGCUUCCAGCGUUUUACUGGUUCUCUCGCUUUGUUGCCUGCUGUGGUAAGUCAAGUGGCUAACUUACUGGAGCUGAUUGGAGAUACUGAGGCAGCCGCUGAUACUUACCAGCAGCUACUUGGUCUUGUGCCUACUGAUGCAAAGGCUUUGCAAAAAUUGGGAGAGUUGUUUGACCAGGAAGGAGAUAAACAACAGGCUCACCAUUAUCAUAUAGAUUCUUUCAGAUACUACCCUAGUAACCUCUCAGUAAUCGAAUGGUUGGGUUCCUACUACAUCGAGAUGCAGGUGGUAGAGAAAGCGUUGACUUACUUCGAAAAGGCCGCCCUAAUGCAACCGGGAGAACCCAAAUGGAACAUGAUGGUGGCGGGUUGUCAUCGCAGAAGUGGUAACAUGCAUAAAGCCCUCACUCUCUAUCAGGAAAUCCAUAAGCAAUUCCCUGAAAACGCCGAAUGUCUGAGAUUCUUGAUCAGACUGUGCAGCGAUCUCGGCAUGAGAGAAGCUCAGGACUACGUGACGGAACUGAAAAAGCUGGAGAAGAUUAAGGAGGUGCGGGAGAGGGUCAACAGUAGCAGACCUGGGUCUCGUCGGAGUAACAGUGGACUCUCAUCCAGAGCUGGAUCAGGAUUCAGUCCUGUGCCGGAGCAUGUGGCGGUGGCAAGUCCCCCACCUCUUUCCGGUUCGACCAAUAGGAACAUGCGGCAUGUGAGGAGUGUGCGUGGGCAAACUAGUACAAGCGCGAGCAGUUCUGACUCGGGAAUUGGACAGAAUAUUAAUUUUGAUCCCACAAAUUAUUCUGAUCCUCUUGGACCCUUGCCCGCUAGACCCAGAACGGGAGCUGGCAAACCGAUCGAUUUCGAUGAUUUUGGAAACGAUGAUUUAGGUGAUGAUUUAUUGCCUGAAUAAUAUUUUUUUAUUAGGGCUUUUAUUUUAUAAUGUGUUUGCAGCAAAUAGAGUUUCUUACUGAGUAAAAAUAAAAAUAGUUAAUAAAACCCUUUCGUAAAAAUGUU